UUCUUUCUCUAGGAGAAAAUGAAUAUUGAAACAUAUUUUGAAAGAAUUGGGUAUGUAAACUCCAGGAGGGAGUUGGACUUGGAAACAUUAACAGACAUCCUUCAACACCAGAUCCAAGUCAUCCCCUUUGAGAACCUUAAUAUACACUGUGGAGAAGCCAUGGAAUUGGGCUUAGAGGCCAUUUUUGAUCAAAUAGUGAGGAGAAAGCGAGGUGGCUGGUGUCUCCAAGUCAAUCACCUUCUGUACUGGGUUCUGACCACAAUGGGCUUUGAAGCUACCAUGUUGGGAGGUUAUGUGUACAGCACUCCAGCUGACAGAUACAGCAGCAGCAUGAUUCACCUCCUGUUGCAAGUGACGAUUGGUGACAAGAACUACAUUGUGGAUGCUGGGUUUGGAUGUUCCUACCAGAUUUGGCAGCCUCUGGAGCUAAUUCCUGGGAAGGAUCAGCCUCAGAUACCCUGCAUCUUCCGUCUAAGAGAAGAAGAAGGAAUCUGGUACCUGGACCAAAUCAGAAGAGAACAGUACAUUCCAAACCAAGAAUUUCUGGAUUCAGAUCUCCUGGAAAAGAAUAAAUACCGAAAAAUUUACUCUUUUACUCUUGAGCCUCGAACAAUUGAAGACUUUCAGUCUGUGAAUACAUACCUUCAGACAUCUCCAUUAUCUUUGUUUACAAGCAAUUCUUUUUGUUCACUGCAGACACCACAAGGGGUCCAUUGCUUAGUGGGCUUCACUCUCACCUCUCGAACAUUCAAUUAUAAACACAAUGUGGAUCUAGUAGAAUUUAAGACCUUGAAAGAGGAAGAAGUAGAAGAAGUGCUGGAAAAUCUAUUUAAUAUUUGCUUGGACAGAAAAUUUGUCCCAAAACAUGGUGACCGAUGUUUCACAGUUUAGAGGAAGAAGCAAAAGAUUUCUAUCAGGAUUACUUCAGGUUCUGCAAGCUUUUGGUUUUGAAAAUGUCAGACAUAGACAAGAGUGGAGGGAACAUGUGAAUAAACUUACGCAGGGAACUAAUAAGCCCACCAACAGUCUGCUGAUGGUCAAUUGCAUUUCUUCUACCUCCUCAGAUUAUUAUGGAGAAAAUUCUACACCUCAAAUUGUUGCACCUGGAAAUUUUUCAGUAUAUAUCGUUAAAUGUUACUUAUUUAAUAAA